AUGGCGCCGCUCAUUACCCUCGCCACAUGCGCACUGAACCAAUGGGCCCUGGACUUUGAAGGGAACCUCCAGCGCAUCAAGAAGAGUAUCCACAAGGCGAAAGAGGCCGGCGCGACUUUGCGCGUUGGACCCGAGCUGGAAAUUCCUGGCUAUGGCUGUCUGGAUCAUUUUUUGGAGAAUGAACUCUACGAUAACUCGUGGGAUUCGCUGUACUCCAUUCUGACGGACCCCUCCCUCCACGAUAUCAUCAUUGACGUUGGCCUUCCCAUUCUCCACCGGAACUGCCGAUACAAUGCCCGCGCGAUCGUCUUGAACGGCAAAAUCCUCUGCCUCCGUCCUAAACUCUACCUCGCCAACGACGGCAACUUCCGUGAAAUGCGAUUCUUCACCCCGUGGAACCGCCCGAGACAUGUCGAGCAGUAUUACCUGCCUCCGCACAUCCAGAAACACCAGGGUUGUCGUCAUGUUCCGAUUGGAGAUGUCGUUCUUUCCACUUGUGAUACGGCCCUGGCUGCGGAGACCUGCGAGGAGCUCUUCACGCCGAACAGCCCUCAUAUCAACAUGGGACUCAAUGGCGUGGAAAUCUUCACCAACAGCAGUGGAAGCCACCAUUCCCUUCGAAAGUUGGAUGAGCGCGUUGCCUUGAUCCAGGAAGCUACUCGGAAGAAUGGUGGUGUCUACCUCUACUCCAACCAGCUGGGUUGUGAUGGUGAUCGACUGUACUACGACGGCAGCGCGAUGAUCUUCGUCAACGGCGACAUCGUCGGCCAGUCAAGCCAAUUCGCCUUGAACGAGGUGGAAGUCGUCAUCGCGACUGUCGAUCUGGAGGUUGUGCGCGCCUACCGAUUUGCUCCCUCGCGCGGUCUGCAAGCUGUCGCUGCACCAGAAUACCAGCGCAUCGAGGUCGACUUUUCCUUGUCCCAUGAAAACCUUGAUCUGGACGAGGGCCACUCUGCCACCGCUCGCCGACCCGCGCGCUACCACCUUCCCGAGGAGGAAAUUGCGUACGGUCCUGCUUGCUGGCUGUGGGAUUACCUCCGUCGAUCGAAGAGCGCUGGGUUCUUCAUUCCUCUGUCCGGAGGCAUUGAUAGCUGCGCCACUGCUACACUUGUCUACUCAAUGUGUCGGCUAGUCAUCAAGGCCAUGAGAGAAGGCAAUGAGGAGGUCCUUGCGGACGUCAAGCGCAUUGCUGCGUACUCUGAUAAGCUGCCCGAAACUGCUGAGGAGCUUUGCAACCAGGUCUUGUGCACUUCGUUCCUGGGUAUGAAACACCAGAGCAGCAAGGAGACCCGGGAGCGGGCUCAGAAUCUUGCUGAUCGGAUCGGUGCUUAUCACACUGAUACUAAUAUUGAUGAUGUCUUUGCUUCGACGAAGAAUAUUCUGACUCAGGCUACGGGCUUCCAGCCCAAGUUUAAGGUCCAUGGAGGUUCGAUGACACAGAAUCUGGCUUUGCAAAACAUCCAGGCUCGGUCGCGAAUGGUCAUUUCCUACUACCUUGCUCAGGAGCUGUGCGAAGCUCGAGGCCGACCCGGUGGUGGAUCGCUUUUGGUUUUGGGAAGUUCAAAUGUUGACGAAUGUCUGCGUGGAUACUUGACCAAAUAUGACUGCUCCUCGGCGGAUAUCAACCCAAUCGGCUCCAUCAGUAAAGUCGAUCUGAAGCGAUUCAUCGCCUGGGCCGCGACAAAUUUCGACAUGCCCAUCCUGAAGGAUUUCAUCGACGCCACACCCACGGCCGAACUGGAGCCCAUCACCGCCGAACACACCCAAUCUGACGAAGUCGACAUGCAAAUGACCUACAAAGAACUCUCCCGCUUCGGUACCCUGCGCAAGGUAAGCCACCUGGGCCCCUUCGGAAUGUUCCUCGUCCUGCUCGAAGAAUGGAGCGGUGAAGGCGAGGAUAAGCUCAGUCCCCGCGAAGUCGCCGAUAAAGUCAAGAAGUUCUUCCACUUCUACCAGAUCAAUCGCCACAAGCAGACUGUCGCCACGCCGGCGUACCAUGCUGAGAGUUAUAGCCCGGAUGAUCACCGGUUUGAUCUGCGGCCUUUCCUUUACCCUUCUGCAUUCCAAAGUUGGUCUUUUGAGAAGAUUGAUCGCAGGGUUGAGGCUUUGGAGAAGAGGACUCAGAAGAAGAUGGAGGGUAAGGCUUAG